AUGGUAGCCCGCAGAAGAAUAGCCCGUUCACAAUCGAGUAAAAUAAAGACGAAAAGUGCGAAGAAGGACAAAAAUUUGCUGGAAGAGGAGAAACAAGAAGAACGGGCUGAGGAGAGUGACAAUUCAAUAGAUUGGGCCGACAUCAGUAUGGAAGAGGAAUUAUUGGGCGACUUAUUGGAUUAUGUUAAGGACGCGUAUGAUGAAGUGAGGAAGGACGAAGACAAAAUUAUUAAUACAGAAGGACUGGAACGUUAUCUGUGGGCACAUCAACAGACUCCAAAAAGAUAUCAGUGCAAAGAUGAAAAAAAACUUUCGCAUAUGCCAUUUAUCGGCGAUGGAGAAGUGGAUGACAGUAGUUUUGGUGAAGAAUUACUCGAGACUUUUGCUGAGGGAAUCCACGGUACAAGGACUGGAUGCGGUGAAGUGAUUAAUGAUAAUAUUCUGUAUAAAUUGAUUAAGUUAUUAUUCGUCAAACAUCCCGAUAUCAGUUCGUUUUAA